UGGAGACGGCAUGCAUUAUCUUAUCGAUAAAUAGUACGUGCCUCGCGGUGAGCAAAAAGUCAAUGGCAGAAAGGUGGGCCUUCGUCGUGUUCCACAAAAUUUUUCUUCAGCAACAGCAACCAGAAGCUCUAGUCGUAAUUCUUCCCACCUUGAGGUCAAUUAGGAAAAUCAGGAAGAGCAACCUGCCUUCUUUUUGGCAGGAAGGUUCUACCACUGGCGACUUGCCUGUUUAUGUUAAUCUAAGGUUAUGUCCGGCAACCCGCGCACUCAACCUCUUUCUACAUCCUCUCAAGGCCCCCCAAAUUGGUUGUUCAGCAACAAUUCUAAUAACUCUUCUGCAUCCGUACUAUUAAACAGUACGGCACCAGCAAUGGCAAAGAAGAAUCAAAAGGCUGCUAAGGCGGCUAAGGCGGCAGUCGCGCCUACAGCAGCAGCAGCAUCCACCAGCCAGGACCAAGCUCCUCCCAACCAACUUAUGGACUUAGUCGAGUCGUUCUUGUCCGAUCAAGGAUUCGAUAAUGCUCAUCGUGAGUUUCAGAAGCAUAGAGCAAAGAAAGGUUGGAAGGGACAGAGUGCUAGCAAACAGAAGAACAAGGCACAUCAUUCCCUAGUCAGCGUAUUCCAGACGUGGGAGACAUUCUCAAGUCAGGCAAAUACACCCAUUAUCCCUAAGGAAGAUCCCAUGCGGAAGAUCACCAAGGUCAGCAGCAGCAGCAGCGAAAGCGAUAGCAGUGACGACUCGAGCUCGGAAAGCUCUGGUGAUAGCGACAGCGAUAGCGAUGAUUCUAAGGAUAUUGCUAUGGCCGAUGCGCCUGUUGAUGAUGAAUCCAGCUCUUCUGAGAGUUCCAGCUCCGACGAUAGCGAUAGCGAUAGCGACGGCGAUAGCGACGGCGAUAGCGAUGGCGACGGCGACGGCGAAAGUGAGAGCGAUGACGAGAAGGAAAAAUCGAAGAAAUCAGCUGCCGGUACAGCUACAAAUGGCAAAAACCCGUUGAAACGAAAGGCAGUUUCCGAAAGCUCGAGCUCCUCUGACGCCGAUUCCGACAUGUCGGACUCGAGCUCGGAGGAUGAACGCCCACAGACCAAGAAGGCCAAAACUAAGGCGAGCUCUGAUGAUAGUUCAUCAUCAUCCUCUUCUGAAUCUUCUGACAACGAGAGCUCCGACGACGAAGAUGAAGAUGAUGCCAAGAAAGUCAAGCAGCCCCAAGUCGACGAUGAGUCCUCCAGUUCUGAAUCGGAGUCUGACUCAUCGGACUCUGAAUCUGAUGAAGAACCGAAAGUGGAUCUGAAAGCCGCAGCAGCAGUGCCACUACCUGAAUCUGAUUCUUCUUCCAGUGAUUCCGACUCGGAGUCAGAGGAUGAAAAGCCGCAGCGACCUAGCAAAGGAGCGGUUCCGAACGGCGCUGGGUCAGAUACCUCCGUGACUCUGGACAAAGCCUCACCUGAGUUUUCAUCUGCAUCUUUCCCUCCGCUUCCGCCUGACCCUGUCGCAUCAAAACUGAACAACCGGGGUAAGAACGGAGCCAAGACGCAGAACCAACCUUUUUCCCGGAUUCGGAAGGACGUUGCCAUUGACCCAAGAUUGUCGUCCAAUGCUUAUGUUUCGCAUGACUAUGGCGACAAGGCCCACCAGGACCUUAUCGUGACCAAGGGCAAGGGCUUCACCAAGGAAAAGAAUAAGAAGAAGCGGGGAAGUUACAAGGGUGGUCCUCUAGAUAUCAACAAAAGCCGAAGCAUUAAGUUCGAUGAUUAGAAUACACGGAUUAAUACCGAGCUGAUCAAUAGAUCUCCCAAGAUUACGAACAAGGGGAAGCAAGUUAUGGACCAAGCGAAAACCCCUCGGACCUCUAAGAAGGAUACCAUCUACAAAGCUACUGCCAACAAGCUUAAUCACGACCCUAAAAAGGCGACGAAACGUGUUCAUUUCGAUUGAUUCACACUAGGCACAGCAUCCGUGCUCUCGAGGGUAGGCUUACUUGUGUUUAUCAAGCAUACCUCCCUAAAGAAUACUCGUAUUUUUUUUUGUGCAACAGCUCUUCCGAAGAGCCUGUCUAUUGUAAAAAGGCGAAUACAUUGGACAUUGGUUUCAGGUCGACCUAUAAAGUGGAAAGGAGCCUAAUAAAUAGGAUUGGCUAUUGUCUAGGUAGCUACUAUAGAUAGCAUGUUAUUUAAUACCCUCUGGUAAACUGCUUUGCCUCUUGUAUAGUUCCAUCAUCCCCUGCUUCUUGACAGGUUUAACAGAAUUCUCUCAGAAUUUCAAAAUUAAAGCAUAUGUCGUCCUAAGAAUAAAAUCUACCUUGCUCCUGGUCCUUUUACAUUGUUCUAGGUGACAUGUCAAGAGUUCAUUGGGUACCCCUGGAAGGAAAAUAGGGUAGGAGUGGACUAACUGAGAUUCCAGCUCUGUCGUUCCAGGGUUCUAACAAAUCCAUUCAGACGAUU